AUGGAUCCAAGAGGUCUCACGUUGAGGAAGAAACGCAAGGACCGCCCAACCAUCAGUGCACCUCAGAAUGCCUCAGGCCCAGGCAUCGGCAGACCAGGACUCCCCUCGCAGAACAAGUCUGCUAACACCCUGACUGUACCGCGAGAACGUGAUGCUCCCACCGAGACAUCCGACCUUGUCAAACGCCGGUACUCGACAAGAUAUAACCAACUCCCCAACUUUAGCAACGCUGCAGCCCCAGCUGUCCCCUCCCUCCCUGGUCCUGGCACCCUCAAGCGCCGUUCUGGAGGUGGUUCUCCGCGUCGGCCGGGAGCAGGAUCGACCUCACGGCCACUUGUCGUCGACAAUGACGCCCUUCGAGACCCGAACCUUCAACAUGAACGUUAUGUUACCGAGCUCCUCUCCAAUGCCUCAGAACAAGAUAUUCAAGCAUAUCAGAACAAUUUGCAGCGGCUGAAGAACCGCAACUCUCAAGAGCUCCAGCAAAGCGUCUAUCAGAACCGAACACAAUUCAUCAAGAUCAGCAAAGAGGCGGAGAAGUUAAAGGCUGAGAUGGCCAUCCUACAGGGUCUCAUGUCGGAGCUGACCGGCACACUGGGAACGGGGAACACAGGCUCUGCAAGCAGCCCUUUAUCACCCGAGCUCAAUGGCAGCUCCCUACCCAGAAGAAAUACGAAUAGGACUUCGGUCGCAAAUUUGGAGCAGAUGUGGAAUAUCCAGCUACAAGCACUAUGGAAGAAUAUCGAGAAAUCUCAAAAGUUCUUGCCCGCUGUACCUGGCCGCCAUAUCGUAGCAGAAACGGGCACCUGGAUCGAGCUGGACUCGGCCACUUGGAAACCAAAGCGGCCGGUCCAUAUUGUGCUUUUGAACGAUCAUCUUCUUGUUGCGUCCAAGAAGCGCAAGAGGGUAGACCCUAACUCACCUCAACAAGGUCCCGCCCCUACUAAACUGGUCGCAGAGGAAUGCUGGCCGCUCCAGGACAUUGAAAUCAUCGACAUGGCGGCCAAUGUGGCAAAUGGCGGGGCCGGGACACCAGCUGAGGAAAAAGCUAUUGCUUCUGCACUGGCGAUCAGAUCUGGUGGGCGGUCGCUCACCUACAGACACGAGAAGCGUGACGAAAAGGCCAAAGGGGCUCUCUUGAUGGCGCUCAGAAAAGCAACCGAAGAUGUCCGAAAAGCCGCCAAAACACAGGAAGAGCAAAGCAAGCCUCUCCAAACCGAAAGUCUCAACUACUUCGCAGCUCGCGAUCCGGCGUCGGCAAAAAAUCCCGAAAUCAUCGAGAGCAUCAACUCCUCCAAGGAGAAGCCCGACAUCCUCAUCGAGGUGGACGGCCGGCAACAGAAUUUUCGCUGGGUUGAGGGACAAAUCGACGAUUUGGACAUUGAAAUCUCCCUACAACGCUUCAACGAAGCCGUCGAAAAGGUUGAGAAACUGCGCAAGAUCGCCAAGAGCUUGAAGGGUAAUUCGAUUGCGCAAGAGUUGAUCAUCGUCAAAGUUGACGAGCGCGCCGGCAAGCUCGCCACGGUGCUCAGUCGAGAAUUGGUCGAGACCCCGUCUUUCAUGGAAGCCACGAAACGCAAGGUCGGCUAUCUCAUCCGCCUUGGAUUUGAGGACCGCGCAAGAGAAGCUUACCUGAACGCUCGAAGUGAGACACUGACCAAACGAGCCCGACAAUGCGUUUUCGAAGGCGAUCUGCACCGCUAUGUCUUCUCCAUCUCCUACGUGUAUUUCACUGUUGUGAAAAACACUGUGCUUAUCUAUCAAGCUGCCUUUUCGCCGUUGACGAUCAGCGCGUGUGUUAAAUGGGCGGAUAUGCAUUUGGAGACGUUUAACACACUACUAGUGAGGCAGUUGAGUGCAAUCGAGAAGCAAGGGAAGUUGUGGAGAGAAUGUAUGGACGUCGUGUGGCAGCAUGAGAGGGAGAUGUUGGGGGAUUCCGGACUAGAUUUUAGAGAAGUUAUUGGUCGAGAAUUGGAGGUCAGGGAUAUUCCAAGCACUGGAAAGCAGGGAGGAAAUACUGGCGCUUCUGCAGGGAGCCGAGAGGAGAACCGGUCAAAGUCACGGCCAAGGGGGUAG